UAUAAUUUUAGCUAAUAUCCCCCAUCCCUACUGAACAAUUGUUUGCUUUUCACUCCUGACCAGACUCCAAGCUCAUGUGGCCCCCAGGUCAUUUGAGUGUAAAACUGCUGCGGUAGAAUUUGAAUGAACGAGUGAGUGAUUGAAAUGAAUGAAAUUAAGCACAAGUUCAGGCGAAGUUUUGAGACUGAUACCUGUUAUGGGAAUUAUGUACCUCAUGUAAUACAUGAAGACAAAUGUUCAAUGCAACCGUUUGAUGUGACCUGUGACCAUUGACCCUUUGUAUUGUUAAUGUUACUGUUUGAGGUGACUUGUGAAUAGAGACAAUGGGUCUGCGACUUAGGGCAAGGUGAGAACAGACCCACUGAGGCGGGGGUCUGCACCUCAUGGCAGGGUGAUAGCGGACCCAUUGAGACAGAUAAAUACCUUGUGUUUCCUCCAAGACAGGGAGUCUUCACUUUGUAACUGGCCUGUGUGUUGCUUUGUGAAUGCUCCUCUUGUACAACAUUAAACCCUUGUUUGGACACUGAGCUGACUCCGAUCUCCUUCCUAUGGAUCUCAAUUCUUUUGACAACUUGGCGCCCAACGUGGGACCCCAAUAUCUGUUGCUCUCUUCACAUCAACGGACCUGAAGACCUUGCAAGGCGGAGGUAAGAAAAAAGAAAUCCUCCUAAAAGUCCUCCACCACAGGGCUAUAAAGCUCCGUUUUGGUCAGGGAGGCCAGGUCCCGUGAAGAGUGGGACAGUGACGGGGCCAACCAAGGAAGGGAGACGGAUCAGCCAGACAAACAUUGAGUCAGGGACUCAAAUCAUCACAAGGGAUCAUUUGAAGUCGCUGUAUCUUCAGGGUCACCAUGGGGUUUCAAAUGUCCAAAACCAUGGAUGCAAACCUAAAGAAGCAGCAAGAGUUCAUGCUCCACAACUCACGACUGCAGUUGGAGCGUCAGAUCAUGAUGCAGAGCCAGAUGAGGGACCGACAGAUGGCCAUGCAGAUUGCCUGGUCCAGAGAGUUUCUCAAAUACUUUGGCACGUUCUUUGCAGUGACCACAGUGGGACUCGUUGCAGGCGCCGUUAAAAGAAAGAACCCCUCCCUGUUGGCGCCCAUCUAUCCUCUCAGCUUCAUACUUGCCUACCAGAUAGACAGCGCUUAUGGAACGCUUAUUCAUCGCAUGAGAGGCGAGGCGGAGAGUAUCAUGGCGACUGAACACCACCUUUUGGACUUGCCUCUUGGGACUCCGACCUUCGUUAGCAUAGAGAAAGCCCGGCGCGCUAAACAGCCUCACCUCCUUCUUGAAGAAGUGACGAGUCAGUAGUUGGAAUGAAUAUCAGGGGACCCAGUGUUUAUUUUCAGACGGCACAUUGGUCCCCGGCAUGUACAGGUGUUGAAAAUGGACUCAAAAUCACUCGAGUCCAUGUUUUAUAAAAAACACACUACGACAGUUACAUCUAACGUGUCUCAAUAAUAAAUAUUAAAGUAUGAACAUUUA